ACCGGGGCGGGUCUGUUGUUUUGAAGGGAAGCGACACUUAUGUUUAUGUGAAACUUACAUCUGACACAAAAUGUUAACAAAUAAAAUAAUAAAUGUGACAGUUCGUGACGUGAGAUUCCCGACGUCCCUAGAACAACAUGGAUCCGAUGCGAUGCACACCGAUCCGGAUUAUUCUGCUGCAUAUGUUGUGAUUGAGACCACAGACACUGAACUGAAGGGAUAUGGGCUCACUUUUACUGUGGGAAGAGGAACAGAAAUCGUUGUAUGUGCGGUUGAAGCAUUAACUAAUCUGGUGGUUGGAAAAACCCUGAAAGAGAUUGUCAGUAACUUCAGAGGUUUCUACAGACAGCUAACCAGUGAUGGUCAAAUGCGAUGGAUCGGGCCAGAGAAAGGAGUUAUCCAGCUGGCUACAGCAGCCGUCCUGAAUGCUGUCUGGGAUCUAUGGGCUCGAGCGGAGGGCAAGCCCUUGUGGAAGCUCCUUGUAGACAUGGAUCCUGCAGAGUUGAUCAGCUGUAUUGAUUUCAGAUACAUUACUGAUGCUCUCACUGAGCAGGAAGCUUUAGAUAUACUUAUAAAAGCCAGAGAGGGAAAACAGAUGAGAGAGGAGCAGAUGCUGAGGGAAGGUUAUCCUGCAUACACCACUUCAUGUGCCUGGCUGGGUUACAGCGACCAACAGCUAACUCAGCUCUGCUCUGACGCUCUCGCUCAAGGAUGGACGAGAUUUAAAGUGAAGGUUGGGGCCGAUCUACAGGAUGACAUUCGUAGGUGCAGCCUCAUCCGGAAGAUGAUCGGACCAAACAACAUCCUGAUGAUAGAUGCCAAUCAACGGUGGGAUGUUGGUGAGGCGGUUGCCUGGGUUACCAAACUGGCAGAGUUUCGCCCACUGUGGAUUGAGGAACCCACAUCUCCUGAUGAUAUUCUCGGGCAUGCGUUCAUCUCUAAGGCACUUGUCCCCUUUGGUAUUGGAGUUGCCACAGGAGAGCAGUGCCACAACCGAGUGAUGUUUAAGCAGUUUCUCCAGGCGUCCGCUCUGCAGUUUGUUCAGAUUGACAGCUGUCGGGUGGGGAGCGUUAAUGAAAACCUCGCCAUCAUUCUCAUGGCUGCAAAGUUUAAUGUCCCUGUGUGUCCUCAUGCCGGAGGUGUGGGACUUUGCGAGCUCGUUCAGCAUCUUAUUUUAUUCGACUACAUUGCAGUGUCCGCUAGUUUACAUAACAGGAUGUGUGAGUAUGUGGAUCAUCUUCAUGAACAUUUCAAAAGCCCGACCAUCAUCAGAAACGCACACUAUAUGCCACCAACUGAUCAUGGUUUCUCCUGUGAGAUGUUGGAAGAGUCGGUGCAGAAGCAUCAGUUUCCUCAUGGAGAAGUUUGGAGAAACAUUUUGAAGCAGGAAAUAUAAACACAGACACGAUAAUGAAGAGAAAUAACUGCAUCAUAAACAUCAGAAAGAAACUUUGAAGGCCAAUAAAUACUUUGAAUGAAUAAAUACAUGAUUAUUUACAAAGAACAACUUUAUUUAUGUCAGAUGACACGAACAUCUAUAAAAUACAAUUUCAUUAUACCAUAAAAUACUUAAAGUGCUAAAUGCAGUUAUCAAAUCUAAACAGCCAUUUGCAUUUUAAUUGUAGGGUGUGGGUUAUAGUCACAUAUCUCAAAAUCCUCUGCACAGAAAUCAUCGAUUCGUUCGACUGUGCGUCUGAUCUUCAGUUUUGGAAACGGUCGUGGCUCUCUCUGAAGCUGUCGGUUCAGGACACAGAGUCAGAACACGAUUGUGUACAUUAAUGUAAAAUUCAUGCAAAAUCAUACGCAAUGCUUACCUGCUCUUUCAAAGGCUCAAUGUGAUUCACGUAGAUAUGAGCGUCACCUAACGUAUGCACAAAAUCUCCUGGCUGGAAGACAAAAGUAAUGCAUGACUGUACAGCAUGGUUCACUUUCAGUCUAGUCGAUUACUUUAUUUACAUGCAUUAAGCGGACACUUUUAUGCAAAGCUUAAGGAACGCAAUCAAGUGUUUUGUCUUUAUUUUGUUUUACGUAUCCUGUUCAACAAAUAAAAUAAAAUAUUAAUUGAUUUAACUACACUUACAUUUUUUCAACUUUAUUGUUAUAAAUUAUGGCAACUCAAUCGAUUACACUUGCAGUGUAAGGUAGGUAAAAAUCUUAAAAGAUUUACAAGUAGGGCUGUAAAAAAAAACAAAUUAAUUGCGAUUAAAUUGCAUACAAAAUAAAAGUUUGUUUUUGCAUAAUA